GUGCCAAACCUCGACACCUCCGCACGUGCUGUUGAGAAAAAAAUAAAUGCCAUGAUAGUCUAAUAGGUUGUAAUGAUUAACAGCAGGGAACAGCCUCGUAUAUCUUCUUUUAUUUAUUUAUUUUUGCUCUUGCUGCUAUACAGAGAGUCGCCUCAUAACCAUCAGCACCACUAACACCACCAACAAAUCCCCCUUCCUCAACAGCCUCGUGCGUACCGCAUCUGGCCGCGCGCCACCAAACCACUGGAACGGGUUAUAGUGCACGCGCUGCGUUCCGGGAGAGGAGAAAAAAAGAAGCAAGCGAGAAAGACAGAAAGGAGCGAAUGCACGUGCGCGCGCGCUCUCCUGAGUGCGCUCUCAACCCUCAUUGACGUCGCUGUCCGGGGGCGCGCGCGCUUCGCUCCUGCUUCACUUCGCUCUCCGGUUGCAGGAGUCCGGUGCGCGGAGAGAGUAUGUGUGUGUGUGUUCUGUUAGCGUCCCGCCAUCACCUGUGAAGGAAUCCGUUAAGAAAAGAAAGAAAGAAAGAAAGAAAGAAAGAAAGAAAGAAAGAAAGAAAGAAAGAAAGAAAGAAAGACCCGGACCGGCUUGGACAUGCAACCUGGCGAGAAAGUGGACAUUGAGACAAAGCAAGGACAUGUGCAUGGGUUUGAAAUUUGGUGAGUAAUUGGUUUCUCCUUCACUCCUCUUCCAUGACAAACCGGAACGUGCCACCUCCACUGCAUGCCAUCCAAAUGUGCAAGGGAACGGUUCGACUCCGAGACGCCUCUGCACUACCUGGAGGUGUCGUGUAUGGACAGCUUCCUCCCAAAUGAAUAUUGUCUCCGAGGCCAAGUUUGUACCAUGAAGAUGAAAGCACAAUGGCGGUGCCUAAUUCUGUAGACAUCCCCUUCACAUCGAGACGCCUGUGGGUUGUUCAUCGAUAAUUGGUUCAUCUCACUAGUCAGAUUCGGGCUCUGGCACUCAUACAUGAGUGUGAGAGUCCGUCCCAAGCACAUCACAAGCAGCUAGUGAGCACAAGGUAGACGUGCAGCUGUUUAAGGAUGGGGGCUCUAGCAGGACCGUUAUUGGGUGGCUUCAGCUCCACCACUGCCUCUGUGGACAUAAGUGGCUGGAUGACGUGGCCCGGGAACACCACCAUAAGCCUGAACCAGAGCCUGUUCUGGACCGACCCCAGCUCCACCCUUUCCUCCAACUCGUCUUCCAGUCAGGGCAUAGCCAAGAAAUCGAUCAAAGAGAAGAACUGGCCUGCACUGCUUAUACUCAUUAUCAUCCUGCUUACCAUAGGAGGGAACAUUCUUGUCAUUAUGGCUGUUUCGCUGGAGAAGAAGCUCCAGAACGCCACCAAUUUCUUCCUGAGGUCUUUGGCUGUGGCGGACAUGUUGGUUGGCAUCCUAGUAAUGCCAAUCUCGCUCAUUAACAUCCUGUAUGAUUACGCAUGGCCGUUUCCUGACUCUCUCUGCCCUAUAUGGAUCUACCUAGACGUACUUUUCUCCACGGCCUCGAUCAUGCACCUGUGCGCCAUCUCUCUGGACCGCUACGUGGCUAUCUGCAACCCAAUCCAGCACAGCCGAUUCAACUCGCGUACCAAAGCCAUGCUGAAAAUCGCCGCUGUCUGGACCAUCUCUAUAGGUAUCUCCAUGCCUAUUCCUGUAAUUGGCCUCCGCAACACAGAUAAAGUGUUUGAAAAUGGAAGCUGUAUGCUGAAUGAGGAGCGUUUUGUACUGGUCGGCUCCUUCGUGGCCUUCUUCAUCCCUCUUGUCAUCAUGGUGGUCACAUACUGCUUAACUGUCCAGGCUCUUCAGCGUCAAGCCUCUGUCUUCCUCUUUGAGUCUAAAGCCUCUUCCCAGCAGCCCUUGCAGUCGGCAGCCCCGUCCUCGUCUCAGCUGGCGCCGCCCCCUUCUAAAGCCUCUUCCCAGCAGCCCUUGCAGUCGGCAGCCCCGUCCUCGUCUCAGCUGGCGCCGCCCCCUGUCCCCUCCCGUCGUAGCAGCCUGAACUGCCUGCGAAUCGGGAACUCGCUCAGCCCGUCGACAUCAGACAACAUCUCUAUGGUGGCCGGCUCAGAGGCACCGUCUCAACUCAGCUCUCCGGCUGUAUCACACGGCCGCCGUGGCAUGAUGCAGGCCAUCAAAAACGAGCGGCGUGCCUCCAAGGUCCUGGGCGUCGUGUUCUUCCUCUUCCUGCUCAUGUGGUGCCCGUUCUUCAUCACCAACGUGCUGUUUGUGCUGUGUCGCAGCGCGUGCAACAAGCCGCUGCUCUCUGACCUGCUCAAUGUGUUUGUGUGGGUGGGCUACAUCUCGUCGGGUGUGAACCCUCUGGUAUACACUCUCUUCAAUAAGACCUACAGGCGUGCCUUCUCCAGUUACAUGCGCUGCCAGUACAGCGGAGUCCGGCUCAAGCCUGUGGUCAUCCAUGUACCGUGCCCAUCGCAAGCCGCCGUCACGCCGCUUCUCAUUUGCGUAGACGUCGACCGGAACAGUAACUGCCGCAAUGGGGACGGCAAUGCGCUUCAGAAGCUGGAGCUGCCCGACAUUGACACUCAUCUUGGGAUAGAGAUGCAAACUGGAGUGUCAGCGCUAUCUGUCAACAGCUGCCAUACUCUGGCAGAACACACCAGCAGCGUUUGAUUCAUUAUGGCUGAGCUGUCUGCUGUAGCAUGGCCACCAGGAUCUCUGUGUCUCUCUCUGUAUUCCAUUUCACUCAACCCCCUAACUGAAGCCGCCAAAGCUGGAUGUUACCAUGCUGUCGAAUGUAUGCUGGUGGGGCACAGGGGGUGUAAUUUACAGAAUCAGAGACUAACCUGGUUCACAUGCAUUAGGACAAUCUAGGACACUCUGCACUGUGUGGGAAUUAAUCUAAAGUUUAAAAAAAAUCUUUAUGAUGAUGAUGAUGUUUUUGAACAGGUUCAGUUAUCUGAAUGCCAUAAAGUGUUGCAUGGCUUGAUCUAGUUUUUCAAUAAAACAAUACUCAACAGCGUGAAUAAGCAAUGAGGCUUCCAAAGAGAGAGCUCCAGCUCCCUCAUGUGGUUCUCUCACAGAAUUGCAGAUGCCCUCCGAGAUGCAAGAAAUUGAGGCUGACUAACAGUCUAUCCCCUCAAAAAAAAAAUCCUAAUUAAAUGAUUUACCCCAAGAACAUAACCGCUUUAAAUAAAUUAUGUUUCCAUUGCAUUUCAUUGUUUCAAUAUACUAUUCACUCAAUGAUAGAGAACAGCCUAGGACAUCUCUGCAUAGUUUUUGCAGCAGCAGCAGCAGGAUCGGGUAUGUUUUGUUUCAUAUGACCUAUCAGAUUUGACGAAACAAAAAAGGCCGAAAGAAGUCCUCGGAUCGUCUCAAACUCACAAACCCACCUGUAAUUGUGCAUCCUUGACAAAUCUGUAGAACGGAAUGCAGUUCAAAUCGUAAUGAUCAUUUCUAAUCAAAGCAUGCAGUGUGUUGGCUGUGUAAGGUAUGGCUCCAGAGCUAUGCUUUAAAUCAUAAUGUUAAAGGAUUGUGGUUUAGAUUUACUUAGAAAAUGAUGCAAAACGUCAUGCAAAAUAUUACUCUCACUCUCAGAGGUUACGUCUUCAAUCAGUGCCACAACAGUUGGAGAAUUCUCUCUUGAAUGUAAAUGUCUGUUUUCUCGUGGUGUUUUGAUGAAGCACAAACACACAGGAGAACUACACCGAAUGCAUGGAAAGAAACCUACUGUAGGGUUAUGAAAAAAAAGCCACAUCUCAUUCAGCAAAAUCAAAAUCUGUCCAAAAUCCAAACCAUGUGUUCAGAGGAGCUAUAGAUGUCUGUUGUUGUGUAAAAUGCUGUAAAUGCUUUGUUGUUUUGUGAGUGUGUAGAAUUUUAGUACUCGCUAUAUAUUAAAGGCCCUUCAUUCAAAACUGCCAUUUUAUAACAAAAAAACGGUGAAUGGUUGUUCAAAUCACUUCUCCUGUUUCGAUCUACCAUUUAACACAUGACCCCCUUUUUUGUGAUGCUGCUAUUUAUUUAAUAAACUCUCAUUAUCA